CUCUUCUCUCCCGGUAGGUCGCGCUGACUCCUUGUAAACAUAACCUAACAGUGACAAUCGAUGUACUUUAUUAUUUCAUCUGUACAUCAGUAAACUGGGUUAAGUGACGCCGUGCUUGUGACCUGUCCUAGUUAUUGUUUCAGUGUAUUUAUGAUUCGUCUUUGGAUAACACGUAUGAGUUAGGAUUGCCAAGAUAGCCCAAUGUGGGGACUCAGGUCGCCGGUGAGUCGGUGGUCAGUUGUGUCACACCCGCGGUCAUGCCACGACAGGGACGGGUAGACGAGGGUGUCCGGGGGCUGCAGGGCCUCGCCCUGGCCCUCGUACUGCUCCAGACCAUGGUCCAGGCACAAGGACCCGACAACAGGUGUUUCUUGGAGACCGGAGGAUCAGCGGAAAGUUUUUUCGUCAGCGAAGAUCUGCCAGUAGGAUCCGUCGUCGGGACUCUACACAUCCUGGGGGACCCUGGUCCUACAGGAAACAUUGACUUGAGACUCAAGGAGCUUGACAGUCCGGUCAGGAUAGCUCCGGGAUCUAAAAACCUUACUCUCACUAGGAAACUGGACAAGGAGGGAAUCGAUGGUCCUGCUUCAGUCUAUAUUAACAUUAUCUGUGAUAGAAGAAGAACUACUGUACCGGGCUUUGUAAUUCCUGUCAGUAUAAGAGUCACGGACGUCAACGACAAUGCACCAAAGUUCAUCAAUGCUCCUUACAUACUCAAUAUUUCUGAGGUAACUGUGGUUGGUACCCGUGUACUUCAGGCAGUCAAAACAGUAGAUUUGGAUCAGCAAGGACCAUUCUCUACAGUGCAGUACUCUGUAUUACCCGGACCAAACUCUGAUUAUUUUGUGUUCAUCAACGAGUUAGAAGGAACGAUCGUCCUCCGUAAGCCUCUCGACUAUGAGGCACUCUCUAACUUCACGAUCGGCAUCCGAGCACAGGACCAAGGAAACCCACCACAAUUCUCCGAUACUCAAGUCCACGUCAAUGUGAUAGAUGCAGACGACCAGAACCCUAAGUUUCUGGAUGAGAGAUACUCAGCGAUCGUGCCAGACCAAGCUACACAGGGCACCAGAUUAAGGAUACAACCCAGAGAGAUCAUGGCAUAUGACCAGGAUGUAGCUAUCAAUGCUGCUAUCUUUUACUCUUUCAACAAUGAAAAUUCGGAUACAAGAUUUUUUGAAAUCGACAGAUCGACAGGACAUGUUAUUGUCAAGAAAACAAUUCCUGAUGAUGAACUUCUCCAGCCUGCCACAUUGGUUGUAAAGGCCACUCAAUACGACAACCCAGACAGAUACGCUCUGUCCACCCUGACUGUGUCUCGUCCAGGCACCAGCCUCAAGGAGCUCCAGUUCCUCCAGAGCCACUACUUUGCUGGAGUGCUGGAGUCUGUGCCUCUCAACAGUGUACUGCUGACCGUAAUCACCAACAGGCACAGAGACAAGAAGCUAAGGUUCUGGCUGGACAACUACGAGGACAUGUUCCGAGUCACUCCCAGUGGAGACAUUGUGCUGCAGAAACCUCUGGAUUUUGAGACUCAAGACUCCUACGUCUUCCAAGUCCACUGCACUGACGGAUAUAUGAAUGCAACUGCACAAAUCAACAUCUCAGUGUUGAACGUCAACGAUUGGGAUCCUCGGUUCCGCUACUUGCAGUACGAGUUCUUCGUACCAGACCUUCCAGAGGAGGAGCUAGCCGGGGUGGGGGUGGAAGGUUUGGUAGUGGGGAGAGUCGAGGUGGCGGACGGAGACAGAGGAGAUCAUGUGACACUUAGUCUGCGCGGACCCUCCGCUAGAAUGUUCUCGAUCGAUGACUCUGGUGAGAUAAGACUAAGAGAUCUAUCUCUGCUCAACAGCAGCACGGCUCAUUUGGUGGCAGUGGCUACAGACAACGGCCUUCCCCCCAGACAGACGUCAGUGCCAGUGAUGGUUCAUCUGCCAGAAGCGGUAGUGAUGAGAGCUGGGCUGACAUGGCCAGGCACAAGCCACACUCUGGUUGUGGUGUUUGCCUCUAUACUCGGCCUACUGGGACUAAUCAUAGUCAUCCUCAUACUGUACAUACACAAGACCAAACAACCAAAAAGCAGCAAGGAAGGGAAGGCAGUCGUCCCCAUUGAGCCGGAGAAGUUGCCUCCAAACAACAACAUUGCCAGUCAACCAACGGAGAACGGAAACCUGUUGAACACCAACAACAAGAUUGACAACCCUGUGUUCAACGGAACACCAAACAUUGUCGACAACACAAUGCCUCAGAUCACCUCACAGUACACUGCCACUGUUAAGAGUAUAAUGGCCCGCAACUCCAACACAAGAGUAAGUCAGGCCCCCAACAAGCGACCAGGGCCACCAACCCAGACAGGGGCCCACAAGCGUCAGCAAGCACCUGCACCCCCUACAGUGCCUGGAGGGGCCUCGUCCCCCUCUCCGUCCCCACCAAACACCAGGUGGCCCCCAGGGUCAAUACCUCGGAGAGUCAAGAAACUCAGCUGGGACGAUGAGAGUGACGGAAGCAUAGGACCUCGCAACAACAAGACGGAGCUAGACCCAGAUGUAAGUGUCACUCCUCUGACCACAGAUGUGAGGAACGACCAGCUCAAUCUAACCGUCUACUUCUAGCGAUCUCACGCCAACGAACACAACACUGUACAGAUGUAUUAUCAUAUAAAUAGUUAUAAUAAUAAAAAACAUAUUUUCUACUUGUA